AUGGGAGGGGCGUCUCUCCGCUGUCAAGGCCAUGUGCUGAGGCCCCAGAGGGAGGGCUGAAAAGAUGCUCUUUAAGAAGUGGGGGGUAGCCUAGAUCCUCAGUACACUCCGCACCUGGCCGUGGAACCCACCUCAGUCCCAGGAGACCAGUUAUAACAGGAGAGCCUCAGGGAAAGCAUCUCAUCUGAGGCGAACCCAAGCAGCUGUUUCACAGGUCUCCUUGGGCACUUGGGCACUUACCUCCUGAUCAAGACUGGAACAAGGAUUGUGGGAAGGUGACGAAGGCCACUGACCAUGUCCCAAGUGAUGUCCAGCCAGGUGCUGAGGGCAGGCCAUACUGUCUGUGUAGGCCCUCAAGAGGAGACCAGAAACAGCUUUCUUCCCACCCGGAGCACCAACCUGGCUCCCCAGUGUCCAUACUAUACCACAGAAGGCUGGGGGGCCCAGGUCCUGAUGGCCCCCACGCCUGCAAAGGGGCAACCAAUCCCCAACAGGGGCAGCUGUGUCCUGAACUUCCAUGGCUCUAGAACGGGACAGGCAGCACCAGCAGUGACCAAAUCAAAUGGCCUACCCCAGCCCAGAGGGCAGCAAGAUACAGGCUGGACUGAUGACCUGGCUUCCUCCAUUGGUUUCUCUCUGGAGAGCCUCAACCAAAUGAUCCUUGAACUUGACCCUACCUUUGAGCUUCUGCCUUCAGGGGCAGACCUAGCCCCAACUCCCAAUGCCGCAGUAGCAAGAAGCAAAAAAGAAGACUCUGAAAUAUUAGAUAUCAAGUAUAUUGAGGUGACAUCUACCAAAUCGAGGUGCCAGGACCCCCCCCAGCGCUGUGCCAGUCCCUCGGUCCUCCCUUCCUGUGGAUCACCUCUCAGUGGCGGCCUCCUCCUCUGCAGAGACAGACCCCGUGAAAACAAUGCCAGCAGCGAGAGCCUCAUUUUCUCCGGGAACCAGCAUAGGGGACAUCACCCCCUGCAGCAGCCUCCACCCCCGGUGGGAGAGUGGUCAUCUCCUCACUUGCCCUCCCCUGGUAUCACCAUUCCCCAACCCAAGCACAAGAAUCCUGGUCCUCAAAGUGACAGCUUCCUCCUGGAAGCUUCUCCAGGCUCAGGAGCUUUGCCAAGGCCCUCAGUGGGGAGCUGGGCACUGCAGAGGGUCAGUGGAGCUUCUCUGUUGUCCAGCAGCCCAGGCUCUGACACCAGCUAUGUGUUUGGCAGCAGCCAAUCUCUGCUUCCUACCAGCACCUCUAGCCACCAGCUUGCCUACAAGAACCCAGAAUGCUCCAGAGGGUCUUCCUCUAAUAUCCACAACCCCAGCACCUCAUCUCCCAGUGGGAGACCCAAUUAUUUCCACCUCCAGAGCCCUGACUCAGGGCUCACACCACCAGUUUCCACCCUGGGCCAGCCUGCUGCUUCAUACUCAACCCCACUGCAAAAGGAGCACGCCAGCAGCUGUCCGCCAUCCAUUGCUAAUUCCAUGGUGGACAUCCCCAUUGUGCUGGUCAAUGGAUGCCCAGAACCAGACUCUGCCUCUCCACAGCCUCCUCGCCGACAUCACAGCUUUGUCCGGCCCAGGGCUGACACCUCCAGCAGCCCCUAUGCAGCCCUCAGUAGCCACAGCAAAACCCCCUCAGAUACCUCUCUUGCCUCCUCCUCAGAGGGUCCUAGCAGAAACAAUUCACCACCAACCAUGAAGUUUGUAAUGGACACAUCCAAGUACUGGUUUAAACCAAGCAUCACUCGGGAUCAAGCAAUCGAGCUACUGAAGAUGGAGGAACCAGGGGCUUUCGUGAUCAGGGACAGCACUUCGUAUCGAGGGUCCUUUGGCCUCGCCAUGAAGGUUCAGGAAUCCUCAACAUCCUUUCAAAGUAGAUCAGGAACGGACGGCAAUGACCUUGAUCUCAUCCGACACUUCCUCAUUGAAUCUUCAGCCAAAGGGGUGCACCUCAAAGGCGCCGGGGAGGAGCCCUACUUCGGCAGCUUGUCGGCCUUUGUAUACCAGCACUCCAUCAUGCCUUUAGCCUUGCCCUGCAAGCUGAUCAUCCCCAGGAAAGAACUGGGAGGCGGAGAUGGCGCCCCAGAUCCCCCAGCAGACACGGAGGCCUCUCAACUGAAGAAAUCAGCCAGCUGCCAAGCUCUGUACCUGACUUCUGUGAGUGUGGAGACGCUGACCGGGGCCAUGGCCGUGCAGAAGGCCAUCUCGGCCACCUUUGAGAGGGACACACUGCCCACACCCACUGUGGUCCAUGUUAAAGUCACAGACCAGGGAAUCACCCUCACCGACGUGCAAAGAAAACUAUUUUUCCGACGACAUUAUCCACUUGCCACCCUCCGUUUCUGCGGCAUGGACCCAGAGCAUAGGAAGUGGCAGAAGUAUUGUAAAUCUUCCCGGAUUUUUGGCUUUAUUGCCAAGAGUUUGACAGACCCUGCAGAAAAUGUGUGUCAUCUCUUUGCCGAAUAUGACGCUGUCCAGCCAGUCUCUCUGGUCAUCGACCUCGUGGCUACCCUGCUUCUGGAUAUGGAGAGAAUAUAG